UAACACUCAACAGUCAAACAGUGCUAUGGCCUAUGGGACUAAAUUUACGAGAAUACUCACUCCUCAAGUCCUCACUCCUCAGUCCUCAGUACUCACUACUUCACUAGUCGCUACUAACCGUUCUAGUCUCUCUCCUCAGGCGUCAAGUCGUCGGAAAGUUCGAGAAGAUCAACGGAGUAACUGAUAAUUCCGACUUUACGGCGAGUAACUGAUUUUUGUAAGCGGUGGGAAAGCCUUAAUGGAAGGAAAUGGGAAUGAUGCAAAAGGGGCGACAAAAACAUCAGUUGUGAAUGGUGAUGGUGUAACUGUGAAGGAUUGCCAAAAAAUGAUCCAGAAAAGCUUGCGAUCCCCCAUGGUGAAAUUUCUGAUGGAGAAUUUGGAGAAAUGUGGGUGUACCAUUGGAGAUAACUUCAUAAAAGCUGUUAAUUGCCAGCAGAAAGUUGCUGGUGGUUAUACUCGUGGCGGAGGGAUAAUAGUAUGUAGCAAUCAUAUGAACUUGCAAGAUGAGGUCGACCAAGUUUUAAUCCAUGAGCUCAUUCAUGCUUAUGAUGAUUGUACAGCGAAAAACUUGAAUUGGGCUAAUUGUGCUCAUCAUGCUUGUAGUGAAAUUCGUGCUGGCCAUUUGAGUGGUGACUGUCACUUCAAACGAGAGCUAUUGCGUGGCUAUAUGAAGCUCCGAGGUCAUGAACAAGAUUGUGUGAAGAGAAGGGUGGUUAAAUCAGUGAUGACUAAUCCUUAUUGUUCUGAAACAGCUGCGAAGGAUGCAAUGGAAGCUGUCUGGGAUACUUGUUACAACGAUACACGACCUUUUGAUCGAGCUCCUUGAGAUACGCUAGCUUGGCUUACACAAUAUUGUUUCAAUGAAAAAUAUGUCUUUUUUCUUAACAUUCUGGUCAACUUUUGAUUGUUUCCCUGCUUCUCACAGGAUCUGUUUUAUUUACUAAAAGGGGUGGGUUUUACUGGAAUAUUAACCGACAUUAAUAAAAACAAAAAAAAAAAGGUUUGAACUGCUUGGACAUGAUCCCGAUCUUCCCUCCCUCUGCCCGUUCUCUAACCAGAAAUCUCUCUUGCGCAGUCUGGCAGACAAAAAUAUGUUUUAGAUGAUUGAAUUCUGCACAGUUCAUGUCAACUGUCAAUGUUGGGUGCUAAGAACUUUCCUAAGCUUUUAUGUAGACUUGUAUUUUUAUUUGAAUUGAAACUAUUAAUGUCACAAGAUCUGUGAAUUAUGAUUUUUUUUCCUAAA